CCGCCCGCCGCACUCCCACCCGGCGCCUGGGCCCCCGGGGGUCCGGCGGCGGCGCGCGGGGAAAGGGCCGCCUCGGCGCCGCGCCCCGCCCCGCCCCGGCCUCUGUGACGUCCGCGCCGGAACCUGGAAUUUCGGCUCCGGGAGCUGGCGGCGGCGGCGGCGUUCGGAGCGGGUCUCCGGUGGCCUGUCGGGGGCGCGGGGCGCAGCCAUGAGCGAGUCCAGUGCCAGUGCGCUCCCGCCAGGCAGGCGCAGCAGGCAGCCCUUCAUCCACCCAGAGAACCUCUCUUUGGACUCCAGUGGCUUUUCUUCUCCACCUGUGAAUUUCCUUCAAGAAUUGCCAAGCUAUCGGUCCAUUGCACGCAGGAGGACGACCAUUCUUUCCCGAGACAAGCAAAGUGGCACUUUGCUGAAGCCGACAGACUCGUACAGCUCCCAGCUGGAGGGAGGAAUCACCGAAAACCUCAAUAGCCAGUCGAUUCGGAAGUAUGCACUGAACAUCUCUGAGAAGCGGAGGCUAAGGAACAUUCAGGAGACCCAAAUGAAGUAUUUAUCUGAGUGGGACCAGUGGAAACGGUAUAGCAGCAAGUCUUGGAAGAGGUUCAUAGGGAAGGCUCGUGAGAUGACCACCCACUUGGAGCUGUGGCGGGAGGACAUUCGCAGCAUAGAAGGGAAAUUUGGCACUGGGAUUCAGUCCUAUUUCUCCUUCUUGCGGUUUCUUGUGUUGCUGAAUUUGGUGAUAUUUCUGAUCAUCUUUAUGCUGGUUUUGCUCCCGGUCUUGCUCACCAAAUACAACAUCACCAACAGCACUUUUGUGGUCAUUCCGUCCCAAGACACGGAUGUUCAAUGCACAGUUUAUCCAAUAAGUAGCUCUGGACUCAUUUACUUUUAUAGUUAUGUCAUAGACUUGCUCUCUGGCACUGGUUUCUUGGAGGAGACCUGCCUCUUUUAUGGACAUUACACCAUUGAUGGAGUAAAAUUUCAAAACUUCACCUAUGAUCUGCCCCUGGCUUAUUUGUUAAGCACAAUUGCCUACCUGGCCCUGAGCCUUCUUUGGAUAGUGAAAAGGUCGGUGGAAGGGUUCAAAAUCAACCUGAUCCGGAGUGAGGAGCACUUCCAGAGUUACUGCAACAAGAUCUUUGCCGGCUGGGACUUCUGCAUCACCAACCGAGGCAUGGCGGACCUGAAGCACAGCAGCCUGCGGUACGAGCUCCGAGCAGAUCUGGAAGAAGAAAGAAUACGGCAGAAGAUAGCAGAAAGAACAUCAGAAGAAACGAUACGGAUUUACUCUCUGAGACUGUUUUUGAACUGUAUUGUUCUGGCCGUUUUAGCCGCAUGCUUUUAUGCAAUCUACAGAGCGACAAUAUUCUCACAGGAGCACAUGAAAAAAGAAAUUGACAAGAUGGUUUUUGGAGAGAACCUUUUGAUAUUGUACCUGCCUUCUAUUGUGAUUACGCUGGCCAAUUUUAUCACCCCAAUGAUCUUUGCCAAGAUCAUCCACUAUGAGGAUUAUUCCCCAGGCUUUGAGAUCCGGCUGACAAUACUUAGGUGUGUCUUUAUGCGGCUGGCUACCAUCUGUGUGCUGGUGUUCACCCUGGGUUCCAAGAUUACAUCCUGUGAUAACUACUCCUGUGAGCUCUGUGGCUACAACCAGAAACUCUACCCGUGCUGGGAGACCCAAGUUGGGCAGGAAAUGUACAAGCUGAUGAUCUUUGACCUCAUCAUCAUCUUGGCUGUGACGCUUUUUGUGGAUUUUCCCAGAAAACAUGUGACUAACCAGUUUCCAGGAGAAAUGCUCCUGGUGACCUACUGUUCCUCUUGGAAGCUGAUUCAGUGCUGGGGACAGCAGGAAUUUGCCAUUCCUGAUAACGUUCUGGGGAUCGUCUAUGGGCAAACCAUUUGCUGGAUUGGAGCGUUUUUCUCACCUCUUCUCCCUGCAAUUGCAACCUUGAAAUUCAUUAUCAUCUUUUAUGUGAAAGAGAUGAGUCUUCUUUAUACCUGCAGACCCUCCCCAAGACAGUUCAGAGCAUCCAAUUCUAAUUUCUUCUUCCUGUUGGUGUUGUUGAUUGGGCUUUGUUUGGCCAUAAUACCUCUGACAAUCAGCAUGGCACGCAUCUCUUCCUCGAAAGCCUGUGGGCCAUUCACCAACUUCAACACCACCUGGGAGGUGGUCCCCAAGACAGUGAGCACCUUUCCCAGCUCACUGCAGUCCCUGGUCUAUGGCGUCACAUCGGAAGCCUUUGCAGUGCCUUUUUUCAUGAUCAUCUGCCUCAUCAUGUUUUACUUCAUCGCCCUGGCCGGAGCACACAAGCGGGUGGUGGUCCAGCUCCGAGAGCAGCUAUCCCUGGAAAGUCGUGACAAGCGCUACCUGAUCCAGAAACUAACAGAAGCCCAGAAGGAUAUAAAGAACAGACUGGACUGGCAAUGAGGAUCCUUCCACGUGCUGCUCAUAAGCUGACCUGGUGACCUGCCGAGCCUACAGAGUCCACCUGGGUUUGGAGCAGAACUUUUAAAAUACAUUUUUCUGGAGUUCAGGUCUUCCCUGAAGGUGGUGGUGGUGUUUAUGGCACCCAGCCCCUGUGGAGGGCUUUCGUGACUUCGAAAAAGCAGGUUCAAACCAAGUGUUUGCCUGUAGACCAGAAGCUUUAGUGACUCUCCCCCAAAACUGACUUAUUAAGCCGUUUAAGCUGUCAGAACAAAAAAUGAAGAGGGAGAGCCCUUUUGUAUUUUUCAAAGCUUAUUUGUGUUGUCUUUUACGGUUAACAUUAGUAGAGGUCACCCAUUCAUGAGGCUGGGUUAGUUCUUUUGCAACCAGGUUCUGGAGGUUUAGGCUGAGAAGUGUUCCUUAAGAAGUAGUAGCCCUUUUGACUUAAAAUGAGGCCUGAUUUUUUUUUUUUUUCAUAAAGAGAAAUCCUUGAAUUGGGAUGUUUGGAACAGAUGGUGGAAACAUGGAGAGGGUGGGUAUGUGAUCCCAGCUACCUGGUGGUAAUAUGAGAGAGAAAAGCCAUUCCUGCUGGGUGAAUAAGCAGUCUCUGAAUACCCUGGAUGAAGCUUUAGGAGGAGGGGAAUGGCUGUGGAUCUAGGGCCUUGACAUCUGAGCUUCCGGGGCAUUUUGCUAUAGCCUUACUCAGGGGAAAGCUGUCUUUACGGUGCUUGGUCCCUUCUGGUCCUGAGUUCUGAGACUUAGCAGAGGGCCCUGGGUCAUCAAAAUUAAGAGGCAAAGUUUGUCUUUCAAGUCUUCCAAAUGCCAUUUCCCUCGCUGCACUGAGGUCCCCAGCUCUAAAGGACACUAAACAUUCCAGGCUGGAAAGGGCGGUUGAGUAUGUGCACAGAGCAUGGAGCUCCAUGGUUUACGUGUGUGAGUGUUGGAGGCUGUGGGUCGCAGCAUCAGACUGGCCUGUGCCAGUGUCCCAGAGUACACAGAAUGCUGGCAUCUUCAAGGCACAUAUCCAUAUUUUAAGGGCUCUUAUUUGCUUGUGCCGAAAAUUUUGACUUUUUUUUUUACAAAAUACGCAGAGUAUAUUUCAGGGUUUCCAUUACAGCAAAAAACAACAACAACAACAAAAAACCCAUGUGCAAUAAAUACCUCAUCAUAAGCUUACCCGAAAUUGAUAGCUCUGAACCUUUCAAUGUAAGCCUAAGUUAUUGUUUCGUGUAAUCAGUUCUCAUCUUAAUAUCUUCAGAAUCUUUUCCAGAGUACUUAGUUUUAUAACAGACCGCAUGAGCCUUUCUUCUGUUGUUUUCCUUCCUUUCACUGGCUCAAAACCUUUUCCUAGGGAGUAGCCUGGAGUUUAAAGCUGGGUACAUGUUUUAGAAAGCUGCCCCUAAGAGUAUUUCCCACCCCUACCCCUACCCUCCAUUACUCAAAAAUGACCGACUACUCGCUCUGAGGAGCAAAGCAAGCUUGCCGUAGCUUACACAUUUCUGUAUAUUUGCCCCUUUGCCAGAUCAUUUUCUCGCUCUUCCCCAAAGGUAGCAUUAACACAGGCUAUUUAUGUCCCUGUGAGACCAACGAGCUUUUCAAGCUAAUAACUAUUAUUAUGGAAUUUUGAGUAACCAAAUGUUCAUUCUGUCCUCACUUGAAAAAAAUUCUAAUUGGAGUUAGGGACUAAUAUGCAUUUUUGUCUAGCACACUUACAUACAUAUAUGUUUUUGCCUUCACCAUGAUUCUGAGGUCAAGUUGUGUGUGUGUGUGUGUGUGUGUGUGUGCACGCACAUGCAUGUAUGGAAGCUCUGUUCUUUCCCUCAUAAAAUUGAUACUGAUGUAUGCUAAUAUAUUCAUUUUGGUUAAAUGCUGCUGAUUUGCAUACCUCUUACUUGAAUGUUUUUAUAUAUUUUGAUAAUUAAUAACUUCAAGUGAUGUCUGUGUAAUUGUUGAAGUGCAGGUCUCUCUAACAACUGUGCCUUAAAACUACUGAUUAAACAGUAUCUUGAAGGUUUUAAAGGGGGUUUGUGUAUAUUGGAAUUCAUGGAGGUUUCCUGUCAGCAAUCACGUGAUCAUAGAACACUAUAGCAGUUUGUAAAGUCGCUCUUUGCCCUUUCCUAGAAUCACAGAAGUAUUUAAUGCAAUCAUCGGAUGAGUGCUUUUAAGACUCCUUGGCUCUGCUUAAGCCAAGGAGGGGUAUAUGUGUGUGUUUUAAACUGAAAAGACAUAAAGUUAUUUCAGGCACUCCCCUUCCCUUCCCCACUUCCCAGAGGGAACCACUGCUAAUGAUGUUUAAUUUAUUCUCCCAGAAAAUUAUAAUACAUAUUCAAGCAGAUAUAUAUGUGUGGUUGAAUGCAUGAAAUACGUGUUUCUGAGCUUCUC